UGGUAACUCCUAUAGAUAAGAAGUUGUGUAAGCAUAAUGCAUUAUUUUAUCGCAUGGGACAUAGAAAUUAUCAUACAGAUUGGGGGCGUGUUUAAAGCCUUUAACUGUCUUUCUGGAGCAAAAGCAACACAACUAGAAAUUAAUCAAACACAGAAGUUUAAGCGAGUUAGGUUGUAUUCAUUUUCUAACACGUUUAUAUUUUUAAAGCUCUUAAUCUUGGCGCCAUUAUUUUCGGGUGUGUGGCGUUCUAGGUGCAUAACCACGACUACGCUUCCGGUACAAUACGGCCAUUAGAAUGAAGUGAGGUGUACAUACAGCAGAACUUCAUAACUCCCUGUCAGCCUGGAGGAAUUGCAUUUCUGCACCGCAGAGGGGAAACGGAGACUAUUAUCACGCAUUGAAAAUUGGGUACAGGGCAGACAAGAUGGCGGUCGAACCGUCGUCUUUGAGCAGUCUGGAGGAAGAACUGACCUGUUCCAUCUGCUUGAGCAUUUUCAACAACCCGGUGACCACGCCGUGCGGACACAACUUCUGCCUGAGCUGCCUAGAGCUCACCUGGAAGGACGACCUCGCGAUUGGCUACAGCUGCCCUCAAUGCAGGCACCAGUUCUACGCCAAACCCACCCUGCACAAAAACACCGUGCUGGCCACUGUGGUCGCCACCGUCAGCAAGUCUCUGAAAGACAAGAGCCAGGACGAAACGAAGGGAGCGGUUUUGGAUUCGACUGUAAUCUUCUGCGACACCUGUAUGGUCAACAAAGCCUCGAAGACUUGUCUGACCUGCAUGGUCUCCUACUGCGACUCCCACCUCAGACCGCACCACGAGAACCCCGUCUUUCAGGGUCACCAGCUGACCGAACCCCUGCCUGACCUGCAGCAGCACAUCUGCAAAGAGCAUCACAAAACGCUCGAGUUUUACUGCAAGGAUCACAACAAGUGCAUCUGUGGGGCUUGCCUGCACUCACACUUAACCUGUCGGUUUGCUUCGCUUGAUGGCGAGAUAGCCGAGAAGGAAAAAAAAUUGAAAGAAAAAGUGGUUACGCUGAGAGGACAGAUUGAGAAAACAAAGAAUGUAAUUUUUGAGAUGAAGGGAGAGCAGUCGUCUCUGAGAGAUUCAGCGGCGAACAGAAAGGCUGCACUUGAGGCGGAGUACCGCGUGAUGAAAGACCUCAUCGAAAAGGACGAGAGGGAGGCAAUGAACCUGGUGGAUACAGAAGAGCAAAGUGCCCAAGCCCGGAUCCAGAGCCUCAUGCACAAAAUUACAAAAAACAUUGAGGAGAUGAGCAGCUGCAAAGACCAGAUUGAAAGCGUGCUGGCUCAGGGGCAGCGAAUCACACUUCUGCAGUGCACAGUAGAGUUUCCACAAUUGCCGACAUUUACUCAUGCUCCUGGAAUCAACAUGAAUUCAAAGCAACUGAAAAUGUACAACUCAAGUGCCACGUCUCUCAAGAAAUACCUCACAGACGUAUUGAGCCUGCCAGUGGAGGAGAGAGUCCAAAUGCUGAAUGCAGCACCAGUCAAAACGGUGGAAAAGGGAAAAGAAAAAUCUGACAGCAGCAUAGAUCAGACUUCUGUUGUAGCUGGGGACAACACCCCCACAAAGAAGCCAAGGGAGAGGAGCAAGAACCGCAGUAAAUCUCCCAAACCACCAAAGCUCAAGGAUCUGCCUAAAAAUAAAAAUCCUCAACCACUGCCUGUUGUUUCUGUACCUGUUCCACUGUUUAGUGGAAAUAGCCUUCUGGGAGCAUUUUACUAUGGACACACAUCUCAAAAUUAUAUGUCAAAGUUCGUCAAACCAAUCAAUCCUACAGAAGUGAAAAAUAGGCACGAUCUUCAGCAAAAAAAUCCACAGCCACUGCCUGUUUCUGUACCUGUUCCACUGUUUAGUGGAAAUAGCCUUCUGGGAGAUUUUGUGUCAAAGAUCGACAAACCAUUCAAUCCUACAGAAGUGAAAAAUAGACAGGAUCUUCUGCAAUAUGCUUUUGUCCUUACACUGGAUGCCAGAACCGCACACAAAAGAAUCGUCAUCUCAGACAAUUUCACCAAAGCAUCAGUCUCCGAUGAGCUGAUGACGUACCCGGACAGCCCAGCGAGAUUCACAGUCUGCUCCCAGGUUCUGUGCUCCAAAGGAUUCUCCAGGGGGCGCCACUACUGGGAGGUGAAGAUGACCAGCAGCAACUUCUGCGCCAUCGGCGUGGCCUCCGGCAGCAUCGAGCGCAAGGGGCCGACCAGCAAGCUGGGGAGGAACAAGGAGUCGUGGUGCAUCGAGUGGUUCAACGUGAAGCUGUCCGCCUGGCACGACCAGCGUGAGACAGUCCUGGAGAACCCCAGCUCCAGCAGAGUCGGGGUGCUCCUGGAUUGCGACGGGGGCUCCCUCACCUUCUACAGCAUCUCAGACAGAGUGUACCCCAUUCACACCUUCUCAUGCCACUUUCCAGAGGCCGUCUAUCCGGCCUUCUGGCUCUUCUCCAGCGGCACCGCAGUGUCUCUGUGCAAGCCGACUGCCUAACACACGUUCAUACUGCCAGGGCGCUGCACAUGCACGCAGCUCGGCAUCUUAAACAGCUUAAUCCAAAUGCAUUUCUCUUUGAAAAAACAAGAAAAAAAAAAAUCAGAACACAAGCUGAAUUUAUGUAGUUUGAUACAGUAAGUUAUGACAAUAUAGUAGGGCUGCAACGAAGGGUACAUUUUGAACUUCGAAGGUUCUGAACACUUGACCGAAGGAAGGUUCGAACCUUCGAUGGUACUAAUUUGCAUAAUUUACUGGUGACAUCAUCAUAGCCACUUGCUUGUAUUGGAUUGAAAAUCCUAUUACUUUACAUGUAAUCCAUAUAAAUGGAAUAAAACAUUCACAUGUAGUUUUUAUAAUUUAAAUAAAAAUACACAUUGUUUAUUUACACGUAAUUGAUACUGCUUGCGAGUAAGCUUGCAUUGCAGCAGCACUAACUGCAGCGGACCGAGGCAAAACUAACUUAAUUUAACAGUCACUGUUCCAAACAGUCACAGUCACAUUUUACUACUACGAGUACUACUACUAAUCAUAAUAAUAAUAAAACUUACGCUUGUCAAGUGACCUCAGAGAUUGGUUGUGCCUCGAUGAUACAUCAACAGCCGCUUGCACAGUUUGCAUUCAACUUUUUUUUUGGUCGUCUGGGCAUUUAACAAAAAAAUCCCAAACAGCAGAGGGGUUUUGAGACAUUUCUUUCAAUACAGCUUACGCUGUACAUCGCUUUGCUGUCGAGAUGGCGAAUGAAGAAAUUUAAGGAUUGCCUCUGGAUAACACGAGUUGGAGGGGGGAGGGGCAGACGGUGCUCAGAUUUUUAAAUUGAAAUUAUUAGUGUUAGCAUAUAUUUUGUAUGUUUCAAACAUAUUCUACCAUAGCACUUCAACUGUUAUAGGUACCCCCCCUCUUCAAAUUCCUGGCUAGCGAAUGAACCUUCGAACACAGCCCGACAAUAUAGUUGGAGAAAAUUAAAACUGGUAGAUAAAAUGUUCCAAAUGAGGACAAUGACAAUGGGUUCACCUGCGUUUAUCAAAGUCAUACAUAUUAAAAUAAUUGUUGAUAUGCAUGCAUGUUUUGAGAACAAAAGAUAAACCCUAACUGGAUGCAAACCAAAAAAAAUAAAGAUAACUUGCAAGUUCGCUUGAGUCGGGAGUGGGUCUGGUGAUUCUGUUUGAAUCAGUGUAGAUAGUGCAGAGUUUUCUUGGUUUGUGAUCCCUUAUACAAGUUUGGAAAGGCUUGGUUGUAGAGUUGCCCUGGAAGUUCACUGCGCAGUGUGUCGGACGUUCAUUUAGAUUGUUUAGGCAGAGGCCACAGGACGUGCGCGGGAUCUAUUGCUUAUAAACGUGGGGUAGCUUCAGGGUGGUAGACAGUUUAAGACAGUGGCAGCCCUGUGUGAGGGUAAGGAAUACAAAAGCAGUCUUAAAAAUGAUCAUGGCAAGUGACAGCAAAAUAGCCAUACACAGUAUAUUUGUAUUUACUUAUUAUUUUUUUUAAUCAUGCCAUAUGUUGUGUGCGAGAUGUGUGUUGUGAUUGAAAUAGGAUUGUAUCACUGCAUUGAUGUACUAUAGACCUGGAUUAUAAGUGACAGGUUGGAAAGCAGAUCUAUUGUUCUUUUGUGUUUUAUUUUGAUAUUAGUAGCUUAAGACAGUAAGCUUAUGCAGAAGUACCUGUCAGUGGCACCUGAUCUUCACUGGAAGGUCAUGGUCAAAGAUCUGAAGGGACACCUUGGUCCCAAAUAAGUUGUAUUCUAUUAUUUAAAAUGAAGUCGAUCUGUUGUAUGUGCAUUAACACAAGUAUAUAUAUUUCUAAAUUGUGUUCACCCUUUGCUUUAGAUAAUUCUACAAUUCUUCAUAUGCUAUUAAAACACUCACCUUGUGCUGAAUUUUAAAAUACUAAAAGAAAGUUAAUAAAUUAAUUAACAGACAUUUUGACUAAGUCUUUUUCAAUGUCUUCCAUCGAAGACUUCUAGUCGAAACAUUUCUCAUUGAUUUUGUUCAAUUUCUUUUAGUAUUUCUAUAUACCAGUACAAAACGGCAUUUACAGUAGGUAUUCCUUUUUGAUUCUCAGUCAACGAAACGUAACUUUAACAGCUCAGUCCAGACCAAUCCCUCCGAUUUCAGAGAAGGCUUACCGUAUUUAAAUAAAACACUGAUCUGCGAGUAACUGAAUGCAUUGCAUUAGAUUAUCAGUGAAAGUAUGCAAGGUGCAAAGGUUAAAAGAAAUAAGAUAUGUCAUUCAGUGUUUAAUCAGCUCAAUAAAAAUCUGUUAAAGGCA